ACUGCAGGCGGGAAGCAGCUCCGUCCCCACAGCACUGCCAUGGUCAGCAGCGCUGCCACGGUCCCGGCCACGCCUCGGGCGCAGCGCGCGGCUCAGGGCACAGCUCUCCCCGUGCCCGACGUCCGUGCACGCCCCGCCGGAGCACACAGCGCCCGCCGAGGCCCACUGGGACAGCACCGUAGAAGAGGGAGAUAACUGAGGUUUUAGUGAACUCCAGAGAACUCCAUGCUAUGGCUCACCUAGCAUCUUCCCAGGGGAUUUGGGAAACAAGGAUUUCAGUGCCAAGACUGUUGGAUUUUGCAGACAGCCCAUGCCCGGUGAGGGGCACUUCCUCGUGUGGCUGCUGCCGGGCUGGCUAGAAAUCUAGAGGGACUCCUUCCAUAAGGAUGUGAAGCAUUGGGUUUUCUUCUUUUCCGCUGUCCUUGCACAUAUCGUAAUGCUGCAAUGUUAAACCAGUGGCUCAUUCAUUUUUAUUUAAACUUGCUUGGUGGUUUUGGUUUUUUUUUUGCUGGUUCUUGACCAGAGAACCCGUGGGUGCCACCACCUCUUACAAUCUGUUUUCAUUCAAAAUGUUAUAUUAAAGACCUGCGGGGGGAGGUGUCCAGAAGCUCACUUCUCUUGCUGUGAUCUGAGUGCUUGAACCAACAAAAUCUGAAGCCUCGUGACCUGGUUUGUAUGUCAUUUUUGUUAGUUCUCAAUGCUGCUGUAGUGUGCUCUGUAGGGGAAGCUGCACAAUUAAUUACUUACUGAGGAUAGAUCAAGGUUUACUUCUUAAUUUCCCAUCCUGAUGGUUUUGUUUCCCCAACAGUUUCUCGUUCAUUUCACUACAUUCUGUUUCCUUUGUAACAACAACAAGUUAAUAAAGUAAACUACAUGGCCAUACUACUUCUCAUUAAGAGGUUUUCUGUCUUCCUUACUUGGAAAUGCUAUUGCCACGGCGUGGAUAAGAUACCAAGUUCCCUUCUCUGCCAGGACUGCUUCUCCCAUGUCCCUGUCAUUUCGGGGAUAAGAUGGGGUGUUACAGACCAUAGCUUUAACAACUGUGUGUUUUGCUGUGUGCUCCUUAUAUUAAUUAGUCAUGUGCCACAGUUUACGUUCAGUAAUGUUUCUAUAAGCCUGAGACAGAGGAGAAAUGAAUUCCGUGGAAGUCGCUCCAAGUCUGUCUACGUAACUUAAAGGUCAGCAUGAAUUCUUCUGAGAGGGGAAACUUAAUAUGGAUGUACUUAAAGCAGCUGGCUUUUAAUAUAUUUCAUGCAUAUAACUUGCAGGUGUCCGUUCCAAAAUAGAACCUUCAGAGAGAGCAAACUCAAAAUAAAAGCCACAAAAGAAAGAAAAACAAACAAACACCCAAAGCUUUUAAAGCAGCAGAACUGGGAGCGCAGUGUGUCUGUGCACAGAGCAAGUGAUUCCCCCGGCCAGCUUUGUGCUCAGCAUUGGCCCUCUGCCCUCGGCCUAAAGGGGCUGUGAUCUGUGUGCUCCAGGUGCUAAGGGGUGCUGGGCUGGUGACUGUGCUGUGACUAACCCAGCACGAAGCCCCUGAACAUGGAUGGUGUGGGUGUUCUUAGCAUUAUUUUCAUCUACAAAACCAUUCCUGGUUUUGUAUCUACAUGUAUCUACAUUACUGAUGUAGAUAGAUACGUUAUGGUUCGGCCCUUGGGAAGGGAUCUGUUGUCUGAGCAUCGCUGCUGUAGGAAAAGGACCAUUGGGCACCUUUGACAGAAGAGGGCAGAUGCAUAUGUUCGUAUUCACAAGGAUUCCCCAUUACUGCAGUCAUACUCCUCACAAAAAAAAACAGCCAACCAACCCUGUACAUCAAAUAAAAACAGGUGUGCAAGACAAAAUUUAUUAAAUAUACAAUUUGCUCAACAUGGACCAUGACAGUGGAGAAAUAUGCCAUUGUACUUCUGUUUUUCUACAACAUCUUUUUGAUGACAUUGUGCUCAUCCAAAUUGGAGCUUAAUUACAUUUUGUCUUGCAGCCACAGUUUUGUGGUGUUGUUGCUGCUGUUGUUCUCUCGUAUUAUAUUUCAAAGGCAGGAGCAUCUUCACCCUUCCCACACUUCUGCCAUGUUAAACUUUGGGUUGUUUACUUGAAUCCCUUCGAUAUCCCAGCAGUGUGUUCCAGUUCAGAGAAACUGACUGUUCCAGUGCCCUGGAUGCAAUUCUGUGAAGUUCCUCAGCUUCUAAUUAAACAUGUGGGAGUGAUAGCUCGUUCGGAGCUGACAGAUAAACCAGUCUGAGACCUGGGGAAGAUAAAGUUUGGCAUGUUCUUUAUUUUCCCUUGUGUUUCAUUGUAAUACUACACAUCAGCUGCUGAUAUGCAGCCACAUAUGGUGUUAAUUUUAUACAAGAUUUCUGUGGAUUGAAAUGGCUUAUGCCAUGAGUGGAAUUUAAUGAAAUGUUGGAAAGAAAGUUGCAGAAGGAUGAAGAAAACAGAUUUCCCUGUUGAGAUGCACAGAUAAUUAUUUUCUUUUAUGUUUUUUUUUUCUCUCUCUGUGGAUUGUUUCUCUUCAGGGUGAAGGGUAAAAAUAAUGUUGUUUAAUAAAAACUUCAAGUUCUGCUUUUAAGUCUGCAGUAGAAAGCAUAAAAUCUGUGUGAAUGACUCUAUUGUGUGUAAAGGCAGAAAUGUAGGAGUUGGAAGGGACCUUUGGAGAUCCCCCAGUCCGAGCUCCCCAGAGCAGCUCCCUACAGCAGUGACACAGGAAAGUGUCCCAAUGGGUUUGGAUAUCUCCCAAAAAGGAGACUCCAAAGCCCCUCUGGGCAGCCUGUGCUGGUGUUCCAUGAACCCCAAAGGGAAGAAAUUUUCCUCAUGUUUGGGCCCAUUGUCCCUUGUCCUGUCACUGAGCACCACCAAGAGCUCUGUGUCAUCAGCAAACUUGCUGUGGGUGCACUCUAUCCCUUCACACAUGUCAUUGGUGGGGUGUUGAGUGAGCCCAGGUAACGGGAACCACCUGCUGAACAGCUUUCAUUCUUGUAGCUGCUGAAGGUUCAAACUGUAGCUGAUUUCAGCCCUGCUUGUUGGGGGUGGUGUACAGAGAGAUCUAGAGUGCCUGGGAGUCGCUUAUUGCCUGCUGGUUUUUCCAUUGCAGCUUCUUAUGAAUAGUGCCUUCCAUAAGCGUGACUCAUAAGUUACCUUGCAAGUCAGGCAACCCAGCCCAUGCAUAUGCAUUUUUCUGUGGGUUUCAGUGUUACUUACUCUGAUCUUUUAAUUAUAAAUCAAUUUACAUGAAGGUUUUUGAGGUCCCUUGUGUAAUUCUGUGACUUGCCCUGGAAGGUAUCUUCUCCUGACUACACGUAAAUUUUGAAAUGAUGUUAUUGUCUGUAUUUUUUUUUUCCAUGAAAUAAGCUAUGUUAGAAGUCUAGAAUAUGUCUGUAAGUGUAGAACCUUACUGGAAUUAUUAUUUCUGUGUAUCCUUAUUUUUUGGGCUGCCUUCUGCCUGGGUUUCAGAACCACAAACAGUGCACGUGAAUGUCAGAUUUGGUGCCUGUUAACAGCAAAGAUUAAACAGGAACUCAAACUGGACCAAAUUCCAUCCUUCCUUAUUUUAUUAUUAGAUGUGGGAAGAGUGCACAAAGCGAGGUGUGGACCAAAGGUAGAGAUUCCCAUUUAGGAGGGCGUUGAACUUUUCUUCCCAGUGUAACUCUUUCCAAAGCACAAAUAUUUCAUUCCUCAUUUUCAUUUGAAGUUAAUAGCGUUUUUAACUUCCGUGGAAUGUGUUAUUUUAGUUCUUCAGUAAACAAAGCAUUAUUCACAUGCUGGGGGGAGCUGGAAGAACUGUUUCUCUUCUUUCAGCUUUCUGCCUAUGUCACAUUUCUGUUCUGUUCAUUACUCACCAGCACAUCAGCCAGAAUCUUCUUUGAAGUAUUGUUGUCCUCAAGAGGUCGGCCUGAUUAAUGUUAAUCCAUGGGUAAACUUUGCACUUUAUGCCUAGUUCCUAGUACUUGUUACCUGAACUAGUUAAUGUAUUUUGCAUACAAUUUAAUAAGUCUUUUCUAAAGGUUUGGGUUUUUUGUUUUGUUUUGUUUUGUUUUGUUUUUUUUGUCUUAAAUAAAAAGUGAUUAAUUGGAGACAUCGGUUGUUUUCUCAACCUUUGUGCUUCUGCAGUCUGUAUCCUAGCAAAGUGAAAGGCUUUCCUGGGUUGGUUGUUGCUGUCAGUGUUUUUCUUUAUCUCUCAAGUUUAUUUUGCAAGAGUAAGGUUAGAAGAUUUGGCUGUUUGUUCCAAAGAAAGACUCAAACACUUCUUAUUUGUUAAAUAAGAGCUGUCCUGAUGGCAGAAAUGCCUUUGCCUUAGUGGUCUGUACUGCUCUGCAUGCUUGGUUGGACACGUUUAAUUGUAUUUGCCAUCGUAAUGCUAACACAGAAACAAGAGCCAAAGCUGAUUGCGAGCAUCUUGUGUGCUCAGGCCUUGUUUUCAGAGGAAGCUCACGUAAGCACUCCUGUGCCUCUGAAAAUUCAGAUCUGAACUUUCAGAUGAUUUAAUAAUGAUUAAAACUGUUGGACUUUAGAAAUGUAUGUAUGAGGCGUGCAUUUCCCCUUCUGCUGCAUCACAGGGAAGUUUCGUUGGCCUUCAGAUGGACUCUAUCCAAAUCUGCUCUCUUGCUUUUUGGUGGGAAGCUCCAUUUUUAUAGGUUUACCUUGGAUAGUUUGUAGAACAAUACUUGAGGUGCUGCAUACCCCUUCAAUCAGCAGAGGAUGUGUGUGUCUGAAGGUGAUAUCUUGCUCAUUGAUGACAUGUUCUGGCCAUCCCGAUUUUCUCCUAUUCCAGAACCUGAUAAAAUUCAUAGAUGUCAACCUGCCAAUUCCCUAAAUUUGUUUGACUGGGAGGAAGCUUUACAAAAAUAUCACGUUACAAUAAAUACAGAAACAGACUAAUGCAACAGAAUUCAGUAUGAAAGCGUGUCUAUCAUUUUAUUCCAAGUUUCUCCAUUGUGACAGGUUAGUUGAUUGAAGUUCUGCUGUGCCCUAAAAUUAGUCAGAUUUUGGAUUGCUCUAACUUGUUUGCUAACCUACACUUUAAAUGAAUUAAAUCUGAGAGUAAUCCAAGUAUGUCAGUUUUAUGCCUUCCUUUCCUGUCUUUGACUUUUACACACUACAUCUGUUGGAUAUAUUUUUAUAAAAUGGAACUUCUCCACUAAUACAAGUGGAUGCAAAUGCAGCAGAAAGCAUCCUGUGCAGGAAUGCUUUUCAGUGGGCAGAGCAGUAGUGGUCUGUCAUGCAAACUUACUUCUUUGUGUUGCUGCUUGCUUGCCUGAAUCUCACCUAUAUGCUGGCAAACACUGUGUAGGCUCUUUAGGGUUCGUUUCAGAGCUGCCUUUGUGGUACGCUGUGCUCAGGGGUACAUCUGAGAGUCUGCAGAGCAGAACAUCCCUGGGAGCUCUGAUUGCUGCUGCUGCAUCUGGUGGAGACAGAGCCAAGCGGGUGUGUGUGAGCUUCACUGCUGUGCCCUGUCCUUGUACAGAUUUUAUUAUUAAUUGGUAGAGUAGAAAUCAUGGGAAGAGCAUUGUAAAUCGCUUGAUAAGGGACACUUCUGUAAUGGGAAGAGGGAAGACAAAGCUUGGUUACCACCGCAUCCCUUCCUGGUAUCUGCAGGAGCUCUUUGUGUUCUUUUGUUACCCAUUUGUGCCUUAACCUCCUCUUGGAGGAGGUACUGUUGUGCAUUUCUAUGUCCGUCUGCUGCAACAACCGCUCUGGGAGUUAAGGAACGCAGUCUCUGUAAUGGGCACUCUGGGACAUGGGAGUCCAAAGGCUUUUUGCUGCUGCUGUCACCUUAAGUGCUUUUUGAGUCCUGACAACAGCACCAUAAAACAUGGGUGGGUUAAUACAGCCGGCAGCGUCUGAGACUUGGUGCUGGAGGACAUGUAGUCAACAAAUCCAUUGAUGCGAGGCCAUGAAUUUAUGGACACGGCAUAGAUUUGGAGUAUUGAUUGUUUAAGUAAACAUGUAACCGAAGAUUGAUGAAGGGCAUAAAAGACUUCAUCGUACAUCAUUAAUGUGCUGGGGAGCUCUGAUGGGGCUUCGGCGGGCUUUAUAAACAAGCUUGCUGCAGACAGCAUUGAUAAACAUGCUCAGUCAAUUUUAAUGAGGUCCUAAACACCAUCCACGGAGCAUCGCAAGAGCAGCUAGAAAUGCCCCGCUGGUGAGACGCAGGGGAACAGAUGCAGUCCUUGGAUCAACCAGCGUCAGCUUUUGUGUUAACCAGCCAUCAGGAAAUAUCACGAAAUUACUGGAGUACAAAAUGCAUCUGUUGGAAAUAUGUCUGAGUCUUUUGUGUAAUAGGAUGGGAAGAACAUUACCGGCUGACACACGGCUCAGUGCAGCGGUGCUGGGCAGAGGACCAAGGGCGCAUGUUUGCUGUUUUGUGGUUCAUAAGAGAUGCCAUGAGUUCGUUACCUUCUCCUGUCCUGGAGCUGACAAGGGACCUGACACCGAUGACCCCAGGAGCAAGCACAAAUUUAAGAUCCACACCUAUGGGAGCCCAACCUUUUGUGACCACUGUGGGUCCCUUCUUUAUGGGCUCCUACACCAAGGGAUGAAAUGUGACACUUGUGAUAUGAAUGUGCAUAAGCAAUGUGUGAUAAACGUCCCGAGCCUCUGUGGCAUGGAUCACACUGAGAAAAGGGGAAGGAUUUAUCUGAAGGCUGAAGUCACUGGUGACAAACUGGAAGUAACAGUGCGAGAAGCAAAAAACCUAAUUCCCAUGGAUCCAAAUGGGCUUUCAGAUCCUUAUGUUAAACUGAAACUUAUCCCAGAUCCCAAGAAUGAAAGUAAACAAAAAACAAAAACCUUCCGUUCUACCCUGAAUCCACACUGGAAUGAGUCAUUCACAUUUAAAUUAAAACCUACAGACAAAGAUCGACGGCUCUCUGUAGAGGUCUGGGACUGGGAUCGAACAACCAGGAAUGAUUUUAUGGGCUCUCUUUCAUUUGGGGUGUCAGAGCUCAUGAAGAUGCCAGCCAGUGGAUGGUACAAGCUGCUGAAUCAAGAAGAAGGUGAAUAUUAUAAUGUUCCAAUUCCAGAUGCUGACGAGGAUGGAAAUGCAGAGCUCCGGCAGAAGUUCGAGGGUAAAAGAACGGGCCGAGAUAAGAAAGCCAAACUUGGGCCAGCUGGUAACAAAGUCAUUACUCCAUCAGAAGACAGGAAUUCAAGUGUGCCAUCCAACAAUCUGGACAGGGUGAAACUGACAGAUUUCAACUUUCUUAUGGUUCUUGGAAAAGGAAGCUUUGGAAAGGUGAUGCUGGCGGACAGGAAGAAUACAGAGGAGCUCUAUGCAAUCAAAAUACUGAAAAAAGAUGUGGUGAUUCAAGAUGAUGAUGUUGAGUGUACAAUGGUUGAAAAACGAGUGCUAGCACUGCAGGAUAAACCACCAUUCCUGACACAGCUUCACUCAUGUUUCCAAACAGUUGACCGCCUGUAUUUUGUUAUGGAGUAUGUGAAUGGUGGGGAUCUCAUGUACCACAUUCAGCAAGUAGGAAAAUUUAAGGAGCCACAAGCAGUGUUCUAUGCAGCUGAGAUCUCAGUUGGGUUAUUCUUUCUCCAUAAUAGAGGGAUUGUUUAUAGAGAUCUGAAAUUGGAUAAUGUGAUGUUGGAUUCAGAAGGACACAUUAAAAUUGCUGACUUUGGAAUGUGCAAAGAACAUAUGUUAGAUGGAGUAACAACCAGGACCUUCUGUGGCACCCCAGAUUACAUCGCACCAGAGAUCAUUGCUUAUCAGCCCUAUGGGAAGUCUGUGGAUUGGUGGGCAUAUGGAGUGCUGCUCUACGAGAUGUUAGCUGGCCAGCCUCCAUUUGAUGGAGAAGACGAAGAUGAACUUUUCCAGUCCAUAAUGGAACAUAAUGUUUCCUAUCCAAAAUCGCUGUCCAAAGAAGCUGUCUCCAUCUGCAAGGGGCUAAUGACUAAACAUCCCGCAAAGCGCCUUGGCUGCGGCCUCGAAGGUGAAAGAGACAUCAGGGAACACGCUUUCUUCAGGAGAAUUGACUGGGAGAAACUGGAAAACAGAGAGAUCCAGCCACCUUUCAAGCCCAAAGUGUGUGGCAAAGGUGCUGAAAACUUCGAUAAAUUCUUCACGCGAGGACAGCCGGUGUUGACCCCGCCAGACCAGCUGGUCAUUGCUAACAUAGAUCAAUCCGAUUUUGAAGGGUUCUCCUAUGUCAACCCCCAGUUUGUACAUCCCCUCCUAGAAAAUGUAGCAUGAAACAACAGAACAGGAACAAAUCCCGCAGUGGGGAACGGUUCUUAACCCUAAAAUUUUUAGGUUUUUGCCUUGAUUCCGUUUGGGCCUGAAAAUUAUAGGGUUAGAAAGUGUAAGAUGGGGGAAAGGCCACUUAGUGAGGAUUUUGACUUUGCAACCAAAACGUCUUAAUGGGAGAUAAAUUAGCAUACGGUGCCCAUUUCUCCUACUAGAAGUCACCAUGACUCGUCUGAAGUUCCCCAUUUUUGGUACAUUCUGUAGUUCUGUAGCUCCCCUCUGUCCUUUUGCUCCAUUUUUCACUCCGCUGCUGUUACAAAUAAUCCAAGACCCGACCUGAGAAGCACCUCCAGUACUCAGUCCUUGCAGGGGACCAGUGCUCCCCGCUCCUAUGGGCGCCAUGGGGAGAGCAGCGCACGGGACUGGAGAGCGCCGGGGAGGAGAGGCAUUGCAGAAUGUGGUGGAAAGCAGUUGUUACCAAAACCCGACAAAUAAAUACGAGUUGGGAGUGGGAGGGCAGAGGGGAUGAAAUCCUAUUAGAGCCCAAAGCUUCGUGAACCAAUCCUGUAAGCAACACCAAAUUUAAACACGCUCCGGCAGUGGCCAGAUCUCUAGAUCUUUGCUAAGUAGCAUGUGAUAAACUCGAGGGUGAAGUUUUGUCUUUAAUAAUAAUAAUAAUAGUAAUAAUUUUAAUAAUAUUUUUGUGAAUUUUAAUCUCCGUGAGAUUAUUCUGUGAUCCAGGGUGCCAUUGUUUGUUCAGUUGAUUUCAUUUGCACCACUCCUCAAGCUCACUGUUGACUGGUUCUAAUAACACCAACGUUUUACUAUGAGAUUUGUUAACCUGGAAUGUAAAACAGAACUGUAAUCCCUUACAUCUUAUUUACUUGUGUGUGUUGUAGUCUGCAGUAUAGGGCAGUAAAUUGAAGGAAGUAUUGUGUAUGCUAAAUUAACAAAAACGCAGUCCCAGGUGACUCCCUGAUUUUUCCAGAACAACUCAUGAAAAUGAAUUGAGAUUUAGUUCUACAGUAAUCAAUUCUAACUCAGAAAACUUGGGGCUGUACAAUAACCAAGCUUGAAAGAAGCACCUGAAGCUUGUUUUAUUGGCAGAAUGGAAUUUAACACAUUUUACAUACGCUUCAUGCAAUGAAUUUUGCAUGUUUAGUAAUAACUCUUAAUAAUAAGAGUUAAUAAUAAGCAGUUCUAUAUUGACAUUACCAUAUCAAGCAUACAGAGUAUUACAAAAGUUUUAUAAAACAAAUUGUGCUUUAUUUGUGGAAGUACUUGUUCUGAGCGACAUCAUUUAGGUUUAGCUCAAUGUUUUCUUGCUGUUGUUUUGGGUUGUUUUUUUCUAGUUUUUGGAUAUUGUUAAUGACUUAGGGUAUCAUCUGUUUUUUUAAACGUAGAUCUACUUUUAAACAAUAAUUGCUACCUGCAGGUUUUAUACAAGUUUCAAUUAGGCUUUUGUUUCAUGUCUGCUGAUUACUGACAGGGAAGGAAAUAGAUUUUAUUUGCAAUGAUGAACGCUGUAAUUAAUGCAAUCUUCUCCUCUCCUAUCUCACUUAGAUACAAAUUUUGAUAUUUCCUCUUACCAACUUACCAGAAGAUCUUAAUUCAAAUAUCAGUAAAUAUUUUUGUGCUUACUUUGGUUUUGUUACAGCAUGUAAAAUAGUAGGCGGUGCGUUUUCCUUUUCUUCCCUUCAGCCUCGUUAAUGGUAGCAGCCAUAGGCACUCUUUGUCUGUCGGAUGUGCAUGAUGAUGCCAGAAGCAUGAUGUCUCUGUUGCUGCAUGCAGACUGAAUACAGUUUUUCCAGCAUGUAAACAUAUUCAAAAAGUCAGAUAUUUGCCAUAAAAGACUUACAUUUAUACUAGAAUAUGUAACCGGAGGGUGGGGGUGGGAGCGGGGGGGGAGGAAUCUACUUUCUAAUCAUCUUUUAUUACAAUAAAACAUUGAGCCUGUGCCAAAGAUUCUGCUAGAAAGAUCCAGUCCUGCAGAUUGGACGGCGAUGAUGUGCAGGAGUGACCCCGUGGCACAUGGGACAGUUGGUGAGCGAACCGCAGCUGGAUGUGAGCAGAAGCGGCCGUGCGGUGCUCCUGCACCACGGAUGCCUUCCAAAGCCGUCCUUUGGCGCCUGGGAUUUGCAGCACUCCAGUUGUGUGACCAGCCCUGCUUCCUUUGUGGUCACAGCCCUAAGGUUGGAGCAUCCCCAGAGAGGGCUCAGCCCGUGUUGGAUGGACCCGGCGCUGACACAUGGCAUCCCCCAACGAACAGCUCCCCAGAUUGUUGCCUAAAUAAACAGAACUCAAACAUUUUAAUACAUUUUAGGAGUACAGUUUUUCAACUAUCCGGUGUCAGAUAUGUUAUCAGCCAAAUUUGGGCAUUCGUUUUCCUCUUUGUGUAUUAUAUACCUGAAGAUUAUGGUAUGUUGUUCACCAUAAAGCAUGUGGACUAGUGCAGCAUUCAUGACUAUUUCUGUCUUUCUGAUUAUUACUAGCCUGCCGUAGUUUGGGGAUAUCGGGAUGUCAUGCUGUAGAAGAGAAUAGAUUGAGCAGAUUGUGGAGGUCGGAUGUGGAGGAAAUAAGGGAGCUCUCAGUGUGUAAGUCUGCUAGGAGCAGGCAGCAAGUAUUUUAGGAAUGUGAAAGGGAGGCUUCUGAAAAGAAGACUAGAUGUCCUCUAAAGGUCCCUUCCAACUCAAAUGAUUCUAUGGUUCUAUGAAAAGGAAACUGCAGGGAGAUAGAGCGAGCAUGGGUUUGUGGAGCAAGAAAAGCAGCACGUGGUGCAGCUCCCCAAGCCAGAAGGAGGCAGGAGAGAAAACCAAGAGAUGUUCCUGAAUGAUUCUGUUGUUUUUCCAAGGAGUUAUGCUGGGAUGUCCAUCUGGAAGCAGUUGCUGCUGGCAGAGCAGUGACAUGGUGCUCUCACUGGCAGUAAAGAGGCGGUCCGGCCUCUGAGUGGAGCUGCUCACUUUGAGGCUGUUCCUCAUAAAACAUUAAAUAUCCAGCAAGUAUUUUCCCAUGUUUUUUAAUGCAGGUGUUAUUUACAAAAUGUUUCUCACAAGAUGUGGCUUCCUAGAGAGCGUUUAUCAGCCGAGGCGUUAGGACUGCCUUUCUUUCCCUCAUGCUCAAUAUCAAAAGCACUCCACUCUCCCUUCUAAUGGAGCGAAGCCAUUCCCAUGAAGGAUGUGAUGGAAACACUUAACUUUGAGUUCUUGUCAUCAUUAGCAUUAGUGUGCAUUUAGGUUCCAUCUCUUUGCAGCUACAGGGUGCGUGCGCUGUGUGCUAGGCAGGCACUGAGCUGCAGUGUAGUACAAGAGCAGCUGAGCUACAGCUCCACAUGCUUAGAUGUAGGAGUUGAGUGGAAGAGUUGAAUAAGAGUUGAAUCCAAAGUAGUUGAGUGGAAAAGUUGAAUAAGAAUUGACUCCAUAAACAUGACUUCAUAUCAACCAGUGACCAUGCCAGCAGCAAUUGGUGAUCAGCAGCCUUACAACAAGGAGGCAUCGUGCACUAAAGCCCUUCUGCUCUCCAGAGAACCACAAUGGAGAGGCUGAGCCCCCGGGCUGCCGCUGUCCCUGCCUCAGUUACCUCCUCUGUCAAAUGGGGGUAAUACUACUGCCCUGCAGGGCUAUGAGGACUUCUCAGUUCAUGUUUCUAAUGCACUUUUAACCUGGAAGGAGUUGUGUAAGUAUUCUAAUUUUUACUAUUGAAUCAGCGUAUUCAACUCGCGUGGUAUUGCUGGUUAUACCAUGGGGUGUUUCUACUUUUUUUGUAUGACUUUAGUAAUUCUACUGAAACCAUUUGAAGAAGGACGCAGACAGAUGUGAUACUUUCCGUCCAGAUUGUGGAGUGCAGCCUUUGCUGAGGGCUCAGGGAGGAGAUGCACACUGGUUGGGUCGGUGCAGCUCUCCUUUCCAAACACUGAGAUUUCUAUGUGCAGUGUGAUAAUUCCGUGUCAGUGGAGGUCUUAGCAGAACUGACCGUUGUAGGAUAUGAUUCCCUGUGGGUAAAUACCCUUAGCACAGCUCUUUUCUAGUAACAUUUGUACUGAGUCCUGCUGAAGGAGGAGUGAUAUCUGUUAUGCAGCUGCUCCAUCCGAGGCAGUUUUAUUCCGGUGAGAUUUUAGUGUAUUCCUGUGUCAUAUAUCCUCGUGCUUUUCUGUUGCAUCCGCGUGACACCACAGCCCCGAAUCAAAAGCCAGAAGUGUAGGUGGCAGGAACAUCUUAACAGAGGGGGAAAUGAGGUCUCAGCGUUUUAUAACCCUUUUCCCAUCAAUUAUUGGAAGCGCUACAGCUGUAUUCCUCCCAGUCACCAGGAAGCAGAGCUGCCGAUGGCAGUGAUGCAGUGGUUUGGUCUUUCCAGGGCCCGGAGCGCUGCUGUCUUGGAGCAAGGCAGCAGGGGAAGCCCACAGUGCCCGGAGCCCAGCUGGUGCUCCACAUCUUCGCUGGCUCCCAGCCUGCUCCCAGCCCCAGCAGCGCUCCCCACAGCUGCAGUCCGCCCCCACCCUGCCCAACACAGCCCCAGCCCUCACACAUGGCUGCCUUGCUGACCUGGGGCAGAAACAAACGUUCUUGCAGCCGUCACACAAACCUGAUCUGUGCUCGUUGCCCACAGAGCCCUUCAUCAGCUCUCUCAUGUGCUAUUAAAAUGAAUGUAAGAAAAAUAAUUUCAACAAACAGAAGCGCGCCGUCUCUUUUGAACACAUCUGGGGCGAUCCCAGCUCGUGUUUGAUUUUGCACAACAAUGCAGAGCACACCUGAAACGUUUGGAAUGAUUGCAUGUUGUUUCAACGCUAUCCUGUAUUUAAACAAGGAGUCGUGCUACCUUGAGCUCAUUCAUAUUUUUGGAUGUUAUUUUAAUACCCGAAGUUUGUAUUUAUAAAGAGGAGAACAUUAUUUAUUUUCUCAUCGUUUAUUUUUCUGCAAGAUGCCACCAGGAAACUGGGAGAUGCCACUGAUCUUCCUAAAAACCUGAAAAACCACACUGGAGGUGUAGUGGGCAAAACUGGUGUAUAAAUUACAGCAUCUUUUCUUUUUUCCUUAUCCCUCGAGAUCUUCAGUCUUUGUUUGCAUGGAACACUUCUGUUGAAUAUGAAUUGUAGUUUCCAAGCAAGUGUGUGCAAAUAAAAAUACUGAUCAUUACGCUGCAA